CUUGUUUUCAUCUGCAGUCAUCGGCAAUCAAGCUGUGUCAUCUCUCGACCUCUCUUCCUCGUUUUGCAGAUUUUCUCGGGCGAGAUUUCUUCCCACACAACUUGACUGACUCGAGGAUUAUCUGCAGGAAAAAUGGUGCGGGUUGUGGCUGACGACGCGAUGUUCCAGGCCGAACUCACUUCGGCGGGCGUCAAACUUGUGGUCGUCGAUUUCACUGCAACUUGGUGUGGUCCGUGUCAGAGGAUGGCCCCGAUCUUUGAGUCUUUGGCCACCAAGUACCCGAGGGCAGUCUUCCUCAAGGUGGACGUGGACGAGUGCCAGGAGACGGCCGGCAGUCAAGGGGUCACGGCCAUGCCGACGUUCAUCUUCUACAGGAACAGAGUGAAACUGGACAGACUGCAGGGCGCCGACCCCAACGCCCUCGAGGCCAAAGUCCAGCAGUAUUACGGCAGCGAGGAGGUCGAGGAGGAAUCCGGAGUAGCCGGACAUAUGGAUUUGAACACUUUCAUCAUGAAGCAGGAGUGCGAGUGCAUGAACGAAUCCGACGACCAUCCGUUCCCUCAUUGCCUUACUAGUGCCGGUGGCUAUUUAGAGUCUGACUGUGAUGAGCAGCUCAUUAUCAACAUUUCCUUCAAUCAAGCUGUCAAAGUCCACUCGGUCAAAAUCAAAGGCCCUCAGGACAAAGGACCGAAGCAAAUCAAGCUUUUCAUCAACCAGCCUCGCACGCUCGACUUCGACGCUGCCGAGUCCAACCAGGCUGUUCAGGAAAUUGAACUGACUCAAAAAGACUUGGAGGGUGUCCCCGUGAAUCUGCGCUUUGUGAAAUUCCAGAACGUCCUGAACCUGCAGCUCUUCAUCAAGAGCAACCAGGCAGGAACGGAGACGACGCAAAUCGACCACUUAGUCAUCCUUGGCUCCCCGAUUGGCACGACCAACAUGGGAGAGUUCAAGAGAGUGGCUGGCAAAAAGGGAGAGAGCCACUGAAAUUGAGAACCACAGCUGUUCCAAAAGUGCUUCGCAUUAUUUUUUCCAUUAAUUAAAAAAGCUAAUUUGAAUGUGUUUGUUCAUGAUUUCCUCGGACUUAGAAAAAGCUUAUCUGAAACAAAUUUUAAUGUUAAUCCUGGCGAAAAAGUAUAUAUUUUGUGCACUGCUGUCUAUAUUGUAAAGAAGCUGCUCUGUUUUGUCUUCAUUUCGUGUAUGGAAGACUUCAGAAAUUUGCAUCCGAUGUCACGGAAUUCAAAAUUCAAGCCAAUCUUUGUGUACUGCACAGUCGUUGGCACAGUCUGCACCUAAUUUGAGUUUUUUGGAAUGUACCCAUCAAAAGCCCUUGUCAAAAUAAAAGCUGCUGAAUGGAAU